AGUGUAAGGACCAUGGAGGAGGAGCUAAAAUUAUUCUUCGAGGAAUGCCGGAAGCAGGAAUUUUCUGGCCAGGAAAUGUGGGCCAUAUGCAAGCCUCUAAUCUGGAGAAUCCGAAUGGCAAGGGCUAGAAGGUGGCUUUUUAUCGGCCUUCCUAUUUUGGUCUCUUACAUCCUUUGGCUAUACUGCGAUACCUUUGCUUGGUACGUGAGUGCCCUGGGCCGGAUAAUGCUCAUCCAAGUCCUGCCUCUCUGGGACUGGACUCCCUACUACAAUUCAAAGUGUUUGAUUGCUCGGAAUGCUCAGCGAGUACAAGAGGAGCUACCGCCGCUGGGCAGGCACGAAACCGUGUGGGAGAAUUGUGCCCUCUGCGAGUCUCUAGAAGGAAUAACUACAACUUCGAACAUGAGCUACUCCUUGCUGGAAUCUCAGUAUCUGGAGCGCGGCAUACCCAUCAUACUUACCGAUGCUGGGUUGGAAACAAAUUUUUACAAUCUUUUGGAGCUCAUAGAGGAAAGGACACCGGAAUGGCUCAGCAGUGAGCCCUGUGACGUUUCCACCAAUCUUCUGUUAAAGAAACUCUUCAACCUAGAGGCGGCCUUUGACAAGAUAUACUCUGCUGGAAAUCCUUGGCACCUGCAGCUCCGUAACUGCCAGAAGAAAGCGGUGAAGUCGUCGCGGUUGUUUCUGGAACGUCCCUACUAUUAUCCUUUACACCUGGCUCCAUACUAUUCCAGCUGGAUACUGGCUGUUCAUCAACAAAAGCGACACCAGGCUGAGAUCUAUGUCCGAGGGUUGAUUCUUUUCCAGCAACUAAGCGGGCACUUCGAGGUGACUCUUAAUCCCAAGGAGCCAUGCAACCAGGACAUAUGCCCCAGCUUAAGGAUGCGUCUGAACGCAGGAGAGGGGUUGAUCUUUUCGACAGACCUCUGGAGACUGAGCUACGGUUUGGAGAAACCGAAUUCAAAGCAGAGCUCCCUGGCCAGCAUCUUCGAAAUCGACUGGCAGCCAUAA